CUGAACGACUAUGCUGCAGAGAGUGUCUGUGCUUCUCUGACUAAAACUCUAGGAACAAACCCUUUACUGCUGCCAGAACUGAAUCUGAGUGGGAAAAUAACAGGAGACUCAGCAGUGCAGCAGCUCUCUGCUCUACUGAAGGAUUUACACUGCAGAACUAAGAUACUGAAGUUAAAUAACUGCAAUAUUACAGAGCGAGGCUGUGCUGCUCUAUCAGCAGCUCUGUGUUGUAAUCCUUCACACCUGAUAGAGCUGGAUUUGAGUAGGAAUAACAUAGGGGACUCUGGAGUGGAAGAGAUAUCUCAUCUGCUAAAAAACUCAAACAGUAAACUUGAGUUGCUGAAUCUCUCAGACUGCAGUGUAUCAGAAGAAGGCUAUGCUGCUCUGGCUUCAGCUUUAAAAUCAAACACCUCAUCACAUCUGACAGAGCUGGAUCUCAGAGGAAAUGACCCUGGAAACACAGAAGUGUUGGAAUCUCUUCAUUAUUUCCAAAAGGAUCCAAACUAUAAACUGAAGACACUGAGACUGUUGAAGACUCCUGCUGCAGAAAAAGCCUGUGCUUCUCUUUCUUCAGCUCUAGGAAUGAAUCUCUUACUGCAGACAGAGCUGAACCUGAGCAGGAAUCCAGCAGGACUUUCAGGAGAUUCCAGAGUGAAACUACUGUGUGAUUUACUGCAGGAUACACACUGCAAACUGAGAAAACUCCAGAUCAACAAUGAUGAUCUAACAGAAGAAAGCUGUUCAGCUUUAGCCACAGUUCUCAUCUCAUCCAGUCUGAGAGAACUGGACCUGAGUAACAACAACCUGCAGAACUCUGGAGUGAAAAAGCUCUGUGAAGCCCUGAAGGAUCCUCUUUGUAAACUGGAAACGCUGAGUCUUUCAUCCUGCAGUGUAACAGAGGAAGGAUAUUCUGCUCUGACUUCAGCUCUGAAAACAAACCAUGAAUCACACCUGAAAAAGCUGGAUUUCAGUCUGAAUGACCCCGGAGACAAAGGAAUUGAGCAGAUUACUUCUGUAUUUAUGAGUUCAAACAAAACUCUAAGGCUGCUGAAAAGUGAUGCUGCAGUGAAAGCCUGCACUCGUCUUGAAGAUAUUCUGAAUAAAAACCCUUUACUGCAGAGGGAGCUUGAUCUGAGCAAAAUUAAACCAGAACAGAUCUCAGUUAAUCAGCUGUCUGCUCUACUGGAGGAUCCUCUCUGCAGACUGCAGAAACUCACGCUGUAUGAAGGUGGCAGUAUUACAGAGAAAGAAUGUGCUGAUGUGAUUUCUGCUCUGAUUAUAAACCCCUCACACCUGAUAGAGUUGGAUCUGAAUGAUAAUAAACUAUAUUAUUCAGCACUGCUAAAGCUCUGUGAUCUGCUGAAGAACCCUCGCUGUAAACUGGAAAAACUGGGAGAAUGA